UAGUUCACUACUACCUAAUUCCUGUUACAGUUUAGAUCAUUCUUUUUUGGCUUAUUUUAAAAUUGGAGAGACAAAGACAUCACUGUACAAUAUCCCAAAAAGCCAAAGACAAUAUCUCCUCUGUUGAGUUGUUGUCAAAGAAAGAAACUCAAACAUGGUGAACACAAACCUAGAAGAAAUCAAACAAGACCAUGAACAUGUUUAUGAUAGACAGAAAGAGUUAAAGCUGCUUGAUGAAUCAAAAGAAGGUGUAAAAGGACUUGUAGAUGCUGGUUUGACCAAAGUCCCAAAGAUUUUCAUUCAUGAUAAGAUUCAUGAACAUAACAACAAACAAACCAGUUCAACCAAUCUUAGUAUUCCAAUCAUAGAUUUUGGACCUUUAUUUACCAACACAAGUUCAAGUUCACGUUUAGAGAUAAUUGAGAAAGUAAAGUAUGCAAGUGAAAAGUGGGGAUUCUUUCAAGUGGUCAACCAUGGUAUUCCAUCUACUGUUUUGGAUGAAAUGAUUGAUGGAGUGGUUAGAUUUCAUGAACAAGACACUGAAACGAAGAAAGAGUUUUAUUCUCGUGAUAAUGGUAAAAGGGUGUAUUAUAAUACCAAUUUUGAUUUGUAUGUUACUCCUGCUGUUAAUUGGAGAGAUAGUCUUUCUUGUGUUAUGGGUCCUCAGCCUCUUGAUCCUCAGAAAUUGCCUACAGUUUGCAGAGACAUAACAACGACGUACUCUGAGUAUGUUAAGAAAGUGGGGACGAUUUUAUUUGAAUUGCUUUCAGAAGCAUUAGGCCUCAAUUCCAAUUACCUUAAAGACAUAGAUUGUGUAGAAGGCCUUUUCCUAAUUUCCCAUUAUUACCCACCUUGCCCUGAGCCUGAAUUGACUAUUGGUGCUAGUGCUCAUUCUGACAGUAGCUUCCUCACUGUUCUCUUACAAGAUCAACUUGGUGGCCUCCAAGUUUUCCAUGAAAAUCAGUGGGUUGAUGUCACACCGAUUCCUGGCGCUUUGGUCGUUAACCUCGGUGACAUGAUGCAGAUAAUCACAAACGAUAAGUUUCUAAGCGUUAAACACAGAGUUCUGGCGCAAAGCAUUGGUCCAAGAGUUUCAGUAGCAUGCUUUUUCAGGCAGCAUCUUCCCCCUGAAAAUACAAAACUAUAUGGACCUAUAGCAGAGUUGCUCACACCAGAGAAUCCUCCACUUUACAAGGAAACAUCAGUAAAGGGCUUGGUCUCAAAACUAUAUGGAAAAGGGCUAGAUGGUAAUUCUGCACUAGAUCACUUCAGAAUUCAGGCUGAACAGCAAGAGGAAUGAAGAAAUUGGCUGAUAGGAAUGGAAAUUUGCUUGAAAGGUGUAAUCGUGAGAGAUUCGACAUGUCUCGUUUGUAAACUCUACAAUCUUGGUCUUAUGAGACUGAAAUUUUAGUUUCCAUGUAAUUACUUUAUUUUUCUAAUAACAACAUUUGGCAUAAAAUUUUAAAUAUUGAAGAGUAAGAACUCUAAAGUUUAUGUA